AUGUCUGACUUGGACAUCUGGGGCACGAUCCCCUUUCCUCCUGGUGACAAUGACACCGACACCCAAAUUGGCGGCGGUCACCUCGACCUCGAUACUCUCCGGGAGUUCGAGUAUCACCUUUUCCAGAACCAGACUCUGUCCAACGGAACUAAGUGCUACCUCGCUUUCGAGCCGUAUGCCGCUGCCUACGUCUACCCCAAUGGAUCCUUUGUGAAUUCGACCUCGUGCUACAGAUCGCUCAAUCCCGUCGGCGCCCGCGGCAAGACCGGCGUUGCCUUCGCUCCCCUCUUCGCGCUUUGUCUCGUCUUCAUCAUCGUCAACCUGCGCAAGCACGGCCGCCUCUUCUUGCCCAAGACGAAACGCUAUUUCCCAAUCAGCCGUAGGUGGCAGUGGUAUUGGGGCUCGAUGGUUUGCGCCUUCGCUCUCAUCAGUCUCUUCACCAACAUUGAUGUCGAGCGCUACUAUGUCAUGCAGAUUCCCAUCAUUUUGACCGUCUUUUUCUGGUACUUGAUGCAGAUGGCAAUCAUCGCUCUGGUUUGGGAAGCCGUUCGUCACUGGGGAAGCUGGUGUGAGAGGCAAAUCAGCGACGCCGACAUCUACGCCUUGAAGGAUGAUGAUCCCAGAGCCAAGUUUGAGUUUUACGCUCCCCUGUGGUUCUAUUUGUGGUGGUGGCUGAACUUUUUCCUCAUUGUUCCGCGCUCGUGGACCAGUAUCCAACUGCAACGCUCGCCCGAGCAGACCCUCAUUAGGGCGAAGCCUGCGGCGACAGACACGAGAUUCAAGGUCGCGGCUUUUUGCCUUUUGGUCUGCUGGAUUACCAUUGUCAUCUCCGCCUUCCACUCCAUUAAGCAUUAUAAAGCGCGUCGUUCGGGAAUGGUUGCAAAGAUUUUCGACUUCUUCACUGCGAUGCCUCUCCGAUUCGCGCUUAUCCUCCCUCUCGCCCUCGUCGUAAUUGCCUUCCAGGCUCUGUGUGCCUUUGAUUUCGACGUCUCGCCGCUGAAUGCCACUGGAAACGUUGUCUCCAUUUACAUUGGCGGCUAUCUCCCCUCCCUCCUCAUCCUCGCCGUUCAAUGCGCCCACGGUCUCGCUACUCCCAAUGAAGACCGUGAGCUCCUGCGCCAGAGACGACAGAGGGGAGAAGACAUCAACCGCGAGCUCGGAAUCGUACCCAAGCCUUCCUGGUGGCGACGUAUCCACGGCGGGCACUCGAUGCACAUGAGGGACAUCAUUGCCAGGAAUGUGGCUGAGGUCAACGGCAAGGACGGCAAGGACGGCGUGAAGGACGACGGCACGGCCCUCAAGGAUCCUGCCAAGAAAGAUCCUUUCGCUGACGACGCGAGCCAGAAUGGAUCGACAAUCUCCGGCUCGACUGUCACAGCCAAUCGGGCAUCCACGUUCACGCCUUACGCUGGCAAGUCUGAACGACGUCGGGCGGAAAGGACGUUGCAACAUGCUGCUAGCCUGCUUUUCCCCAACGCCGAGAGCUCGACGCCCUCGCGAGAGGAGCGGGAAGCUGAGCUGACUUUGGAUGGUCCGCCGCCAUCGUACGACGAAACUACGAGACGCGCUAGCAGGAUGACCACCAAUAGCGAUAGCACCGUCGACAUGGCUAACGGAAAGCCUCAGCGCGUUAAGAGCAUGCUGGAUAUAUAA